AUUGCCCCUGCUCCAAUGGGCCAGCAGCACUUUCACCAUUUAUUUCCUCUUCCAUUCACUCCAGCGGGGAGGGAAGAGGGAACACAAAACUCUAAAAAUAACUGUCAGCAUCUCAAAAGAAGAAAAAAAGCUUAUCUGUCCCCCACCCCCAACGUGCUCCCGCCCUUCUCCCUCCUAUUUCCCCCUCAGCACCCCCCCUCCGCUUUAUGGGGCACAUGUCUGCUUCUUACAACACCGAGGCACAUGGUUCCAGUUAGGCACCGAACCCCACCAAGACAGAGAGGAAAUCCACAUCUGUGGGACGCUCCACACGGAACCACCUCCAGCGAGGGAGGCCAGGGGACUGCAGCACCGAGAUGAAGGGCUAGACCGAGGGAAACGCUGCUCAUGCGACGGCCGGGAGCGCCUGCGAGCUGGAUCUGGUGGAGGAUGCUGCGGCAGGUGCUUCGCAGAGGGCUCCAGUCGUUCUGCCACAGGCUGGGUUUGUGCGUGAGCCGGCACCCGGUCUUUUUCCUCACCGUGCCCGCAGUCCUGACAAUCACCUUCGGCCUCAGCGCGCUCAACCGCUUCCAGCCCGAGGGCGACCUGGAGCGCCUGGUCGCUCCCAGCCACAGCCUGGCCAAGAUCGAGCGCAGCCUGGCCAGCAGCCUUUUCCCCCUGGACCAGUCCAAAAGCCAGCUCUAUUCGGACUUACACACCCCUGGGAGGUAUGGGAGGGUGAUCCUCCUCUCCCCAACCGGGGACAAUAUUUUGCUCCAGGCUGAGGGGAUCCUGCAGACCCACCGAGCCGUGCUGGAAAUGAAGGUGAACCACAAGGGCUAUAAUUAUACUUUUUCCCAUCUGUGUGUGUUGAGAAAUCAGGAUAAGAAAUGCGUGCUGGAUGAUAUUAUUUCAGUGCUAGAGGAUCUCAGGCAGGCUGCCGUCUCCAAUAAGACAACAGCCAGGGUGCAAGUGAGGUAUCCCAACACUAAAUUAAAGGAUGGGAGGAACAGUUUUAUUGGACACCAACUGGGCGGGGUAGUGGAAGUGCCAAACAGCAAAGACCAGCGGGUCAAGUCAGCCAGAGCCAUUCAAAUCACCUACUACCUCCAGACCUAUGGCUCUGCCACCCAAGACCUCAUAGGGGAGAAGUGGGAGAAUGAGUUCUGUAAGCUUAUAAGGAAGCUCCAGGAGGAGCAUCAAGAACUCCAGCUCUACUCUUUAGCAUCCUUUAGCCUCUGGAGAGACUUUCAUAAGACCAGCAUCCUGGCCAGAAGCAAGGUCCUGGUGAGCCUUGUGCUGAUCCUGACCACAGCCACCCUCUCCAGCUCCAUGAAGGACUGCUUGCGCAGUAAGCCCUUCCUGGGCCUCCUGGGGGUGCUCACAGUAUGCAUCUCCAUCAUCACAGCAGCAGGGAUCUUCUUCAUCACCGAUGGAAAGUACAACUCCACCUUGCUGGGAAUCCCGUUCUUCGCCAUGGGUCAUGGAACUAAAGGAGUGUUUGAGCUUCUGUCUGGAUGGCGGAGAACCAAAGAGAACUUGCCCUUCAAAGACAGGAUAGCAGAUGCCUAUUCUGAUGUGAUGGUCACCUAUACCAUGACCAGCUCCCUGUACUUCAUCACUUUUGGCAUGGGUGCCAGCCCAUUCACAAACAUAGAGGCUGUGAAGGUCUUCUGUCAAAACAUGUGUGUCUCCAUUCUUUUGAACUACUUCUACAUUUUCUCUUUCUUUGGCUCCUGUCUGGUUUUUGCUGGCCAACUAGAGCAAAACCGCUACCACAGCAUCUUUUGCUGUAAGAUCCCUUCUGCAGAAUACCUGGAUCGCAAACCUGUGUGGUUCCAGACAGUGAUGAGUGAUGGGCAUCAACAGACGUCCCAUCAUGAGACGAACCCCUACCAGCACCAUUUCAUUCAGCACUUCCUCCGUGAACAUUAUAAUGAAUGGAUUACCAAUAUAUACGUGAAGCCAUUUGUUGUCAUCCUCUAUCUCAUUUAUGCCUCCUUCUCCUUCAUGGGGUGCUUACAGAUCAGUGACGGAGCCAACAUCAUCAAUCUACUAGCCAGUGAUUCGCCAAGUGUUUCCUAUGCCAUGGUUCAGCAGAAAUAUUUCAGCAACUAUAGCCCUGUGAUAGGAUUCUAUGUCUAUGAGCCCCUAGAGUACUGGAACAGCAGCGUCCAGGAUGACCUAAGAAGACUGUGUAGUGGAUUCACUGCAGUGUCCUGGGUGGAGCAGUACUACCAGUUCCUGAAAGUCAGCAACAUCAGUGCCAAUAACAAAAGUGACUUCAUCGGUGUCCUGCAAAGCUCAUUUUUAAAAAAGCCAGAAUUCCAGCAUUUUCGAAAUGAUAUCAUCUUCUCCAAGGCAGGGGAUGAAAGCAAUAUCAUUGCUUCUCGCUUGUAUCUGGUGGCCAGGACUAGCAGAGACAAGCAGAAAGAAGUCAUAGAAGUGUUGGAAAAGCUGAGGCCCCUAUCCCUCUCAAAGAGCAUCCGAUUCAUCGUGUUCAACCCCUCCUUUGUCUUCAUGGACCAUUACAGCUUGUCUGUCACAGUGCCUGUUCUGAUUGCAGGCUUUGGUGUUCUCCUGGUGUUAAUCCUGACUUUUUUCCUAGUGAUCCACCCUCUGGGAAACUUCUGGCUAAUUCUUAGCGUCACCUCAAUUGAGCUGGGCGUUCUGGGCUUAAUGACAUUAUGGAACGUCGACAUGGAUUGCAUUUCUAUCUUGUGCCUUAUCUACACCUUGAAUUUCGCCAUUGACCACUGUGCACCACUGCUUUUCACAUUUGUAUUAGCAACUGAGCACACCCGAACACAAUGUAUAAAAAGCUCCUUGCAAGAGUAUGGGACAGCCAUUUUGCAAAAUGUUACUUCUUUUCUUAUUGGGUUAGUCCCCCUUCUAUUUGUGCCUUCGAACCUGACCUUCACACUGUUCAAAUGCUUGCUGCUCACUGGGGGUUGCACACUUCUGCACUGUUUUGUUAUUUUACCUGUGUUCCUAACAUUUUUCCCCCCUUCCAAAAAGCACCACAAGAAAAAGAAACGUGCCAAGCGAAAGGAGAGAGAGGAAAUUGAAUGCAUAGAAAUUCAAGAGAACCCGGAUCACGUCACCACAGUAUGAGGGGUACAGACCUGUGGAUUAUUUUUCUUUUCCAGUAUUGCACAAUGAUGCAGGGCAAGUAAAGCUCAGACCUCAGCUGCUUGGGCUGGCCAGGGGUAACAAGGCAAGUCAGAUCAAGAGUGCAUUAUUCAUGACACUUCAAGGUGUCUGCUUCUUGAGGGGGAAGAGGGAAUAAAAAAAGAGGAAACAGUUAUUUGCAACCUUGUUCUCCUCUAAAAACAAGUCUCUGGAUGUAAUCUGAGAGCUCUUCCAAGGAAUGGAUGAAUCAAUGGAGUGUUAAGAUAGAAGGCCAAAAGAACCAGCUGCUUUUAAAAGUAAAAUGCUUAGGAGUGAUGGAGAAACAAGGAAAGGUGUCCUUCAAAUAGGGGGAAAGACAUAGGAAAUGUGCCAUGGCAAUUUUCAUGCUUGUUUUUUGAACAGGUUGGUCAAAGGAAACCUAUGCACUUGGGAAGUACAUAUUUAAUACUGUCUAAACCAAAGGACUUCCCAAUCCAUUUUAUGUGUACAUAUAUAUGUAUAUAUCCCGUAUAUACAUAUACUUAGUUUUGUCUUUAGGGUACAUUGACGUUUAUGUGGAGGGAGGUGUCCAUUUGAAGAUAGGCUGGCCUUUCCCUAGAAAGUCAAAUCAACCUUAGCCAAAUUUAUAGAUUCAUUAAUAGCCAUUCUAAAUCAACCCAAGUGUCUCAGCAGUAAGAGUGUCAUUCAACUGUGGGAUGAGCAAAAUAAACAGAGAUGUGAGUUCAUUAGAUUAUGCAUAUCAUGUCAGCAGUCAUCUAGACUUUUGCUUUGGAUGACUUUGCAAAAAAACACAGAAGGCAUUUGAAUUAAUUACCACAUGGACAAGGUUUACUGUUUCAUAUUAGAAAUAAACAAUUGAUACGGAUUUUCAUUGGCUUUUACUGUAUUUGGAAGGCUGAUAUGGCUGCUUUCAGUGAGCUCACCCAACUGCAAAUGAGUACUUUACACAGAUUAUCCAUACAUGAGUCUAAGGGUGCACAAGUAUGUGUAUGUGAGUUGGGGUACUCCAUAGUUACACCGUUCUUAUUUUAGAUAGGGAAAAUAACUGCCAUGGAAUAUAGAUAAUUAACAUAGGAGAAAGGAGACAUAACUAGGAAACUCGUAGAGUGAAAUAGAAUAAAAUGGACCAUACCCACUCAUCACACGCCAUCUACUGGUUCUUAGUGUAAGGAAACUAUUCUAAUCCUAUAAACUCUAGUGUAUUCCUUGCAUUAGUAUUUGGAACAUAACCCAGGCCAUGAUCACUAUAGUAGUGUUCAAUAUACCUACUGCAGUACCAUUUGUAGCUUCUUGUAGUGUUGCUCUUGUUACCUGGAAAGUGCUCCUCAGUUGGCCCACCUCCUAGGGUGAUCGCAGCUCUCCACAGGUGGGAUAUUAACUAUAACUGCUGCUGAAUUCUUUCUCAAACAAAAGUACUGAGGUAAAUGUUUUCAUUAAGUUAAAGUUUAAAACUACUUCCAAGCACCUGUUGGGUGCUUACUUGGACUGUUGCUGUGCGUCCUGUCACAGGAAAUUAAUAGAAAAUGCCUUUUCCCAUGCCAAGCAGUAACAUAAUUUAUUUCCAGGUAGGACAGAAUAAAUGUCCAAUGAUUAUAAAAUCUGCUAGUAAGCUCUUUUACCUAGAAGAAAGCUACUAUUUCCCAUCAACUUUGGUUCUAUGUUUUAAUCAAAUUAAUAAUAAUAUCUAAAAUAACAAAACUCCUUGACUCAAUUAUGUUCAGAAAAAAGAUACAAACCAUUCCAUUCUCGUUAUAGUCUCUGGAAAUGAAGUUCAUAGACUAAUGAAGUAACAAAACAAGUAUACUUAGACAUAUAACUUUCCAGAAUAUAAAGGUGAAAGGGAACACACCCUAAAAUAAAAACAUUUAAGUAGUAUUUCAUUUAUUAAAUGGAGUUUGUUUUGUUUUACCUUGAGGUAAUUGGGUUUCAACAGGAAAUGAUCUAUGUCUUCUCCAUUGUGUCAGUUUCAGUGCAAUAUCUAUAGAUUUGAGUGUGGAAAAUUAUUGCCCAUAAUCAUAGGGUUAUUGUUUUUACAUUAUUUGUGAAGUCAUGUCACAAAUACUCCUAGCCUUUUGCCUCAUGAACUGCUGUACUAGAAUGAACUGGUAUUUGGUACGAGUAGCCUCCAGACCAUGAUCUCAUAUCUGAAGUAGAAGUUUCAGAGGAGGUUUUUGGUUUGGGUUUUGAUUUUUUGUUUGAGUGGGGGUUUUCUGGUGGGCUGCAGGGAGGAGAAUUCCUCUUACCGAUUACCCAUCAUUUGUAAAGAUUUUUAGUUUUUUCGCAUCCCCUUCAAAAUAUGGGAGAUAAUCACUGAGAAAGUUAAUUAACUAUCACUCCUUUUCUUCCCAUUGUGUGCCAUGCUCCACUCAUUGACCUAUUUUUUAAAAGAUUGGCUAUUGGGGUUGGUUUUUUCUUGGUUCUUAUAGACCAUUCUGCAUGCAAAGAAGAAUGGCAGGCUGAUUUGCAGGGAAAGAAUCAAGCAUGCCAGUUGUGAAAAGCACAUGGAGGAAAUGACAUAUACUGCCAAAUGACCAGGGCAGAUCUAAUAUUAUGUCUCCAUCCAGAUAGUCUCUGUUUGGAUAGGGAAAAACAGUUCUUCUUUUUUAGUUUAUGUCUUCAAGAAUCAAAGUGUCUAAGAUAAAUAUGAAUUUCUCAUUGUUCGAGUGACUAGAGGGCAUUUUGGAAGGAACAUUAUCUUUUCCAGGACACCGUAGUACUCUUUAGAGAACUGUAGCAAUAAUUUACUGAAAUGGAAUUAUUUGCUCUGGAAGAGUUAAUAUACCGCCUAAAGUGUCCUAACGCAGUCCUAGGGAGUAAUUUAAUCCUAAGAAGAAUCUAACAGAGCAUCAUCUGACCUCCCAACCUCACUGUGAAACAGAUGCUUCCAAGAAUUCCAUUUCCUGAAUACUAAGGUACAUCCUAAGAUAUGAGAUCAUGAUUUGCAGGUCACCCCCAAUCCCAACUUUUUUGGUAGCUUGUGUGUACCUUUUCCUAGUUUUUCAAGUUUACACUCAUUGUUUUGUUCAUUUAUAAAGUACUAAUGCCAUUCAAAUUAGGAACUUAUCUAUUGUCAGCAGAUGACCAGUCAACUCCUAGAAGAGGAGAAAUUUGUGGGAAAUAUGUCAGCUUUGUGUAAUAUUUUAUUUAAUUGAAACAUGUAUGCCCUUAAAGUAAGAGGUUAUAAAGUUUGAAAAACCUACUCCUUUUCUGUAUUUAAACUGGAAUGUGGAUUUAUUUCCUUCCAUCAGAAUUUAAAAUUGAAUUAGAAAGUGCCAUGUGAGCUCCACUCUCUUUGAUGUUAAUAAACUUCAAAGAGGUACUCACCUAAAUUACAGAGAGAUCAGCUAAAAGAUUUUUUUACUGCUUAUGGUUAAAGGUAAUCAUACCUUAGAGAUUUGAUUCUUUAGACCAGCCUUAAUUCUUUUUAAUUAAAGUCAUGUUUAGAUGUCUUCCCAGGAAUUCUUGCAGUGACUAUGAACCUCUUUGAAGGUUGUGCAUGAGUAUUCUAUGAAAGAACUAUUCUCCUCUGUUGUUGUAUCAUGUAAGUGGCUCUUUCCUAUUUGAUUCCCAUUUAUUUCCACAGAAUUUAGGUUUUUACCUUGUGAGGUGAGAAGAAUAAUGAUGACAAAUGUUUUAUGAUGCUAUUACAGUUAUUCGUGAAUGUUAAAUUCAAGAGAGUAAAAGCUUUGUCCAUUUUGUAAUUAUCUAUCGCACUUUCCCGUAAUAAGCUAAUCCUUCUAGGCUUGUGGUUAGAGCUAAGGAUUAACUAUUGCCAAUCAGAAUUACAUGUAUUUUUAUAAGUUGACUGUAAAUAUCAUAAUUACAGUCACAUAUUUUUAUGACCAAAUAGUUAUGAAUGCACGGCACUAUGCAUGCAUUGUUAUUAAUAGUACAUAGGUUAUUAAAGACACUAUUUUCAGGGUUAUUGCAACUUUUAUUAAAAUUUCUUACAUCACCUAUUCAUAAAUGCCUCAUGGCUUUUGGUCUUAAGGGCCUAAAGUCCACAGAAAGUUCCAUCCCCAGGUAAGCAAUUUAAGAAAUGCCUUCCCUGGGUAUCAGUAACAGCCACCUCUUCUAGAAUGGACUUUGGAAAAUCUCAGAAGCGAAAUCUGGCUUCCAGGCAAAGGGCCUAGCAUAUUCUGUAUUGGUUAGUAAAUAAACAUAAUUUUAUGUCUUGUGUUUGCAAAUCUUAUGAUGAAGCAGAAAAUACAAUGCCGUGAGACUCACAUUUAGAUAUUGUCUCUUAGAGAUUGGAGAAGUCAACGAUUUGCUCGGCAUCCUACCACAGGGAUCUUUCUGUUCAGUCUGCUUUGUUGGUGUCUGCGAAUGAUAUUGGCAAUCUUUGUAAAAGUGAAUCUGAAAACUGUUACUUAUUCCAAAAGAGCCUCAGAAGCACUUUUCUUCCCUUUAAAAACAAAAAACAAACAAACAAAAAAGGUUUUAGCUCUUUCUCAAUUACCAAAAUUUUGUGACAACUUUAUGACAUUGACCCAAAACAUAUUUAUGGCUGAAUUGGCAUGCCCUUGCUAUUUCCCCGUCUUCAAUCUCAAUAUGAAAUUGAACAUCAUCACUGUGGUGCGGACCUUUAUGCUAAUAUUUUAAAUCGGUGAGCUGCAGAUAUACUGGAUAGGGAAAAAUCAAGUUUUUUACUACUUUGUCUACAAAAUAACUACAAUGAUAUUGACCCAAAUGAAAGCAGCAAAAUCAUAAGUGAAAGCAACAAAGCCAUAUUGCAUGAGGUCCAGCAGGGGAGGGACUGUGUAUGGGUAUAGCAGCAGUAAAUUAUCUUGAUUUCUCAACUAAAGGACCAAGAUUAAUCCACCAUCACGUUUUACUUAGGAGCACAAGAGGUGGUAUUCUGUGUUUGAAGUGUUGUGGAGUUAGAUCAGGCAACAUUUGAAAUGACACUGGAAGGAUAUUGAGAGAUGAGCCCACAUCUCAGAAAUCAAGAAGUCUGUAAGUAGGUGUGAUAGAACAAGUGGAAUAAUACCACAUAUUCUGUGAUUUAGAAUACAGCAGAGAGAAUCACAUGGUGUUGCAAAACUAUAGAUUCUCAACUGCUAGCAAACCUGAUCAUAGGCAAAUACAUUGCACUUGAAGACCGGGUUCUCAUUUGUCAGAUUCAUAACCUAAUCUUUGCAGUGGGAGGUGCUCCUGAAUUUCCAAGCACAAAGGAAGAGCCAUAGACCCUUUUGUUAGUGAAAGUGAGAAGCUAGGGAGACUGUUUGUAAAGAAGCUUAAAGUAAGCACCGAGAUAAGCAUCAUUCAUUCCCAGAGUGGCUCUCAUCAUUGACUAUAUUUUAUGAGUCUUUGAGUCAUAAUGAACACUUUUUCUGAUCAGUUUUUUUUCAUACUUAAUGAGGACCUCUCUAUUGCUGACAGAGAAGCCACUUGCUUUUCUUAUAAAAUGGAAAACAACUCAAAAGAGCAAUAUAUAGGGUUAAGAAUAUAUUUACAGUAUAGCUUGCUAGUCUACAAAUCACAUUUUGUCUUCUGCAUCUCUAAAGAUGUAAAAAUUAAAUGGGAGUGUACCUUAAACUGAAAACCUCUAUAAGGUAGAUAUUUUUAAUAUAAUGAAGUACUUAUAAAGAAAACCAUCACUGAUUUUGCACUAUUUUAAAUUAUAGAAAGCCAGCUUCUACUAUUUUUCCCCAGUUGAAAAUUUCCCUUAAGAAAGGUCUCACAGGUCAUGGUAAUUAUAAAAUCUUAAAAAUCAGAAAGAAACUUUAGGAACAGAGUAGGAAUCAUCCACUGAUGCUGUGUGAUUCCUGCUGUGUAUGAUUUGAUUGUACUUAUCUGAGCUGAGGUUUUUAGAAGUCAUUUGUAACUGAGCUCUGGUUUCCCAACAGCUAAUGGCAUGGUCUGAUAGAGGAGCAUUAUGGUUUUCUUUCCCUCUGUUGCCAUAGUUUGUAGAGUAAGCACAUUACCCACAGGGCUCUGUCAAACCAGGGGGGGGAAAAUUCUAAUGCUUUGGAAGAUUGCAUUGAAGAAUUUCCUAGGAAUAACUAGGAGAGACUCUCAUAGAGGAAAGAUUAGUGGUGUUUAAUAAAAAUGUAUAACUUUUCAAUGCUAUAUAAAUUUAACUUAUAUUCUCAGUAGAGGCAGUCUACAGUAUGUUAUGGGGAGCAUUUAAAUUAUCUAAUGUAAUAUGCUUACUAGAAUCUCUCCCUCGACACUGAAAUACCUUCUAUCAUUUUAUCUGAUGAAUUCACUGGUUGUUGGUAGCAACACUGAUAGAGCUGGGGAAAAAAAAAAAGAACAGGCCAUCAUAGUCUUGCAUCUCCUGGUACAGUCUGUAGCAUCUAUUUUCAAGUAGAAUAAGGAAAUUCUGGCAUCUUUUCUUCACAAACAUAAAUGUGCUACAAGCUGAUAAAUUAGACCUUAAACUGGUCAAUGCAAAUAUCCCAAAGUUUUAGUAGUUUAAGCAACAACUUUAUUAUACUUUCCUGUUAAUUAUGCAUAUUUUUCAGCAAUAGACUUUUUUGCUCUUAACUAGGAAAUCUGUCACAGAUUGAAAAGGGCAGAGAUCUCUCCAAGCUACCUCAUAAGGGUAUUUAAAGACAAAAUGGCAUGCAAUCUUUGAUUAAAUGGCAAUAUAUUAAAGCCACAAAGCAAUAUUAUUUAUCACCUUUCCUUGAUGCUCAUUCACUUUAUCAAAUUAGACAAGGCAAAAUGUAAAAUGAGCACUCCUAUAUGCAGUCCCACUUAUACAUUCUAGUUAACAUAAUAUUCAUUAAUAUGAAAUCUCUCAGGGCAGUUGUUAGUUGUCUCUCUACAGAUAUCCCAGAGCACAAAAAUUGACUCAGAAAGAGAGUAAUCUGACUUUGAUUAGAGGCAGCGGUCUACCUAGUAAGAUGCACAAAUAAACUGUAAAUAACUUCAGAAAAAUUCCAAGUGCAUUUCACUUAUCACUUUUCUUGGAGGAAAAAAUCUGUUUGGGUGUUUAUUUGUUUGUUUAUUCUAGGCAAAUAGAGACAAAGUUACCAUUAUUUGGCAUUUUACUUAAGUUUUCUUUUCCUCUGGAAGGCAUUGCUAUUAUUUUCUGCUAAACUAGGGUUUUUAAAACACAGGUCACUUACAGAAACAUUAGCGUCCAUGAAAAGAAAACUCCUAGGGAGAAACAGUCUUCACCCAUGCAUAGACAAAUUGUAGAAAUGAGAGUAAAAGUGGAGCAUUUUUAUUUUUUUUCCUAAAACAAAAUCCACUUGUUCUUAAUCCUAGCUAGACAAAAUACCAAUUUCUACAGCAAAGAAGGAUGACUAAAUGUAUGAAAUUAUGAAACUUUGAUGUAUUAACACUACAAACCUCAUGGCAAACCACCAAUUUCAGAUGUCUUUACCCAUAAGAAUAUUCCUUCUAAAACACUCUGUUACAUAUAGGUUCAUCCCAUUCAUGAAAACAGCCUCAUUUAUCACUCGCAAAAUAGUACAAACAAAGCCAUUUUAGGUUUCUGCUCUGUAGUUCUGUGCCUUGGGCUCUACAACUAAAGCUACCUUACUGAGGAAAACUUAAAAACGAAUUGUGAACAAAAAUGUCAACUCAAAAAAACAUUACCCAAGUUGUAUUUCCAUCCAAAAAUAUCUCCUGUGAAAUAGAAGACUGCUGUGUAGCCAUUUUAGAUCUCAUAAAGAAGAAAGUAUUCUAAAAGUACCUAUUUUGGAUCUUACUAAGAACCCAAACCAAAAGUCCUUCCAAAGUUUCCAAUUCACCUGAAUUUGGUCCAUUAUCAAAAUUUACCUCUAUGUUGAUCAGUGAAAAAACAAUUUGCAAAACAGGUUUUUCUUAACUAUAAUAGAAACAAAUAAAGAACAAGCUAUUUCCCAUAGAUUUGCAUGUGUAAACACACAUAAUAAUUAAAUGAAUCUCAUACCUCAGUCAAGGGAAAUUAUGUUCCAAAUAUUUCCUUGUUCGGUUCAUCAUUAUUUGCGUAUUUUGGACACACUGAAAUAAAAUAAUUUUAGUUAAAUUGCUCAUAAUUUCUCUGCAUAACAAAUCUAUUAUCUAAAGCUUAAAGGUAAAAUUCUUAAGAAAAAUAACAAUUAAAUAUUAGCUACUUGGAAAAAAAAGUCAUCAAAAUCGUAUUUACUACAGUGCCACUAGGCAAAGUUAAACAGAGCAUUUCUGGCUAUCUUGACUUUUUAUUUUAACAACAACAAAAGAAAUCUAGUUCCAUUAGUCAUAAUAAUAGAAAUAAUUUAUAUAUUAAAAUAGUGAUAAAUUAUACAGGUGUAUAUUCUAUAGUUCUUAGGGUCAAAUACGAGGUCUUUUAAAAUCACAAUCACAAAUGCUGUAAAAACUAGGUUAUUCUUAAAUUCACCAGACUUUUCUUCAUUCUUUAUUGUUAGUAUUAAAUGCCCCACAGAAUAUCGUAAUAUGCAACUUAUUCCUCUAAACUCAGUGAGAACUUCGAGCAUGCUACCUGUUCAGGAAAGAUUUUUCUAGGCUAAGAAUUAAACUUCCUAAACAAAACAUCUUAUAACAUCACAAUGUAAAAUAACAUAAUCUAUGUUUUUUUAGUUUUUUAUUGAAUCACAAGUUCUAAAACUUAUAAUGUAAUUUUUUAUCCUUUAAACAUUCAAGAAUACAUACAUUAAAAUAAUACUAUGAUAAUAUAUAUCAAUUAUCUCUCCAUGGUUAAGAUAAAGCAUUCUGAAGCAAAUACAAAAUGUCUCAGCAUUCCUGAGAGAUAUUUUUAUGAAUCCCUAAGUUCACAAAUAUCUCUAAAACACAUAAAUUACUAAAGUAUUACUAAAAGAUUCAGAUAGCACUUUAACACCCCUUAAUAAUUAUGUUACCUUCAAAUCUACAGCAAUUUAUAAUUGGGUCAAAUAAAUUCUACCUAAAAUUUAUCACUGCAUUACAUUGCAUCAUUGUGGUAACAUUAGCUAUAAAAAUACUUGAACCAACGUUUUUCUCACAUACAAGAGCUGCAGAAGAUGGAGACAAUGAGUGAGCCAGCAGCUCCUCAGUAGUACCCAGAGAUUAAUCACAAAGCACAUCCCUUUGGCUGCACGCUAUACAGUUUCGAGCCAGGGCGUAAUUGUACAUGGGCUAUCAGCACCACUUCAAAGUCACUAAAACCAAUCAUGUUAAAUAUUUGAAUAUCCAAGUCCACUGUAUUUUGAUGAAUAAUGCAGUGGCAUUAUACAUAACGCAUAGAUAACCAACAUUCAAAAUAUGUAAGGUCACUUGAUGCCGAAAUUAUACUUAAACAAUUUAAUAUUCCACAACACACUUCAAAAGCUUUAUCAUUGCAAAGCUCUCCUCAUUAUUGACGUAUAAUGAGGAGACCAAAGAAGGCUUAGUAAUGUUUCAUUUUAUAUAGUUUGCCAUAUGUUUUCUUAAAAACAAGGAUGCCUUUAUGUCUUUCAUGGAAAUGUUUGGACUUAUUCAAUAGCCAUUUUCCUGUCCAAAUUUAGUAUUUUAAUUAUUAAUUUUCUUCUUCUUUUUUCCUUUAAAUAUGUUCAACUUUUAUCAUUUCUAAAAUAACUUUUCUUUAGAGUAAUUAAACAUGUUUUCUCCUUUACAUAAAAAUAAGCAUGGCUAGAAAGGAAUGAAAUAAGAACUUAGCAAAAUUAAGCUGGACAUGUGGAACCUAUUUGCAAAUACUAAAUAAAGUUUGCAAAAGUACUAUUUAUUGUCAUUUAUAUGUGCUUCAAGUUGAAAUUCUCCACUGAUUUUAUUUUAAAAAUGGCAACUGACAUGGCAAACUAUGAAGCACACAAUGUCUGUUUUGCAGACGUUCAGUAAUUAUCUAUUCAAUGAAGAAAAAUAUAAAAGACUUCUCCAGCUUCUCAGUUGCCUGCUCAUGACCUAAUGAAAAGGAGGUUAUUUAAUAAUUUCAAUCUUUGAGAGCCCAUAUUCAGAAGCUUUUGUUGUUGUUUUGUUUCAUUUUCUUGAAUUUUCCUAUAUAGCCAGUUACACAAGAAUAAGGCCCCAUAUAAAGGAAGAAUUUCAAGUUUGUUGGUAAUAACUGUCCUUUCCUAUAAGUUGAAAUGCUAGAGCCUAGAGCUAUACACAUCUUGAUAGUAAAAUAAAGGAGAAUGUGAUCUGACAUAAAGAAAAAUUAAGGACAAGGGUGAUUUUUUUAAAAAAAAAAAGGUAAGUGAGAAAAAAUUUUAAAACAGAUCUAAAACUGUUGAAGAAGGGACUAAACAACUGAACUAAAACCUUUUUGUUUUAUUUAGUUUCUGUUCAUUAGUUUAGUUUGGCUUUAAAAACAAAGGAACACAUUGGAAAGUUUCAGAAAAACCCUGACAUAUCUAAGUCUCCAAAAAGUUUGUUACUCUUUAAAAAGAUAGAACUAGAAAUUCAGUCCCAUUUUAGGAUCAAGAUUUGAUGUAGAUGGGUUUCUGAAGUACCCCUAGAUGGCUUGGGAUUGUACCUAUUUACUCACCACAUAUUUAGGAGCACCUAUAUUGGUCUCUGUGCUAGGCUCAGAAGAAAAUACCGCUAAACUAUUCAUAGUUCCUGACUUUGAGGUAUGUAUGAUCUGUUGAGGAAAUUUGCAGCUGGAGUAUUCAAGGAAAGUAAGGAAGGAAUUAUGAACUGAUCCACAUUGAAGCAUGGGUAAGAUUCCAAUAGAUAGAGAUGGAGGAUAGGCACAACAGUCAGGGAGAAAAAGUGAAAUAUGCAAGGGCAGGAAAGCAGGCUGUCCAGGAUGAAGGCUAUAACAGAUGAGAUGAUAGGAACCCAGAAGAGACUUGUUACAGAUGGGAAUAAAAAGGAAGCACCCAUUGUGAGUGGUAUUAUAAAGGAUUGGCAGGAUAUGGGGAGUUAGUUGGAUUUGGGAGAGGGAUCAUAAAGAAAAAGCUGUUUUUAUGAUGUAUCCUUGGGCUUAAAUGCAGUGAAUGGUUUACAAAAUAUAAAUAGGCAGUCUCUACUUUUGAAUUUUAUCUGUUAAAAUCAAGGAUCCCAAAACUCAGCAGUAUCACAUAAAUUUAUAAUCUCUCUUGCUUUGAAAUGUAGUGGUUGCAAGAGCCAGUUUAGGGCAUGAGUUUGAUUCUCCUGAUGAUGGAACACCGUCCAAGUUCUGGUACAAAAGCCCACGGCCGUCUGGUCACCUCAUAUAUACCUGGUGUCCCUCAAAGUGUGAGAGUAAGAGACUGACAUGGAUUGCUGGGAACCCAAACUCUCCAGAACAAACAGCUCAAACUAAUACACUCCAAUUAACUAUCUCUGUUAAUAUUAUUUUAAUUAACAAUUCAAAUAAUACCUGCCUAAUAGAAUAGGUAUUAUUGUCUCUGAUUUAUAGAUUGUUUCAAGAAAGAAAACAUUGUAAACAAGUACUAUGUCCCUAUGGUACAAUAUGUCAUCUUUUCAUCAUAAAUCAGUAUGAAAGGUGCAUGUACAGAGAAGUCCAAAUGCAAAUUAUAUGUGAUGAAAAAUAACUGCAUAGAUUUUCUCCCCAUCUAUCCUUUUCUAAAUGUAAAUUUUAAGACAAUGUGUUUGUCAAAAUGCUUAAAACUGUUUUUUAAAUUCACUUCCUUAUGAUUCACUGAUGCUUUCUUUGAAGAUCACAUAAGGUACAUAGGCACUUACUUUUUAAGCAUAAACCUAACUGAUUUAUACACUAACCUUGUCCUUUUUAAUAGUUAAAGUUUUAAUUAUAAUAGUGGUGCUCCCCAAAACCAGCAAUCAGAUUACAAGAUGUUUGGAGGAAUAUAUUUUAAUCUUUAAACCUGAAAAAAGCAUUUCUUAAUUAUGCUUUUUAGAGUUAUAGAUAAGGUUGGAGUUGGCCUGGGGAGGCCCCAUUUUCCAACUGGUUCAUGAGGAGGACAUCUGUUUACAGAAGUAGAAUGCAGAUAAAUCCAACAACCAAGUGGCCAUAGGAGACCAUGGUCAACAAACACACUCUAAGAGACAUUUUGGAUAACCCUAGGAGUAACAAAGCUAGUGGUUCUCAAAAUUUGCCAUACUUUGGAAUGACCUAGAGAGACGUUUAAAGUCUCAAUGCCCAGACUUCACGCCAGACUACUUAAAUCAAUAUAUCCUGCAGCGAGACCCAACCUCAGUACUUCUGGGAGUUCCCAUAGUGAUUUCAAUGUGUGGCUCAAUUUGAAAAACAGUGGCUUAGACAACCAAGUCAACACAUUUAAUCCAAUAAAUACUGAUAGAGCCUUUUAUUAAGUGAAGUUUUAAAAAGUCACAAGACAAAAGCGUCUGUGACAUCUGUAACUAGAAUAUAAGCCAGAACUUGUACAGAGUCUAAAAGGGGGUAUCCAGAGGGUAGAGAGAUGAUUUCUAGUAGAGCCAAACCUGGUAGGAGUGCAUUGCAUUAAGAUAGCACUUAAGAUGAGGUAAGAUUAUUGGCCUGAGCACCCCAUGUGACGUGACCAGACUGAGCAAAGCCAUAAUAUGGAACAAAAGCACAGAAUAUGUUCCUGGGUCAACGAACUCAAUUUAGCUUGAGUGUACAUUUCCAGUACAAGAGUUGAAUUUGUACAAACCAGAAAGUUUCAUAUAAGGACCUGCAGACAUCAUGCUGCAGAAUUUAUAUUUCAUUUAAUGGACUCAGAUUACUUAUUAUUAUUAUUAUUAUUAUUAUUAGAUCCAAAUUUAAAAGUAUUAAUCUGCAAUGUUCUAAGUGUAGGUUAGACUGGAGGUGAGAGACCUGAACCAAAGAAUUAAGUUAGGAGGCUGUUGUGGUCAUCAGCAAUGAAGGUAAUAUUGGUCUGAAAUAGAGUUGUGGCACUGAAUAUAAAAAGGAAGAAAUAAAUACAAUUCACAAAACUUAUAUCUGCAAGAUGGCCUGAAUCCCCAAGAACUUUGAGUGUCUAAAACACAACAAUAUGGUACCCUAUAAUUGAAUAUUCACAUUAGUGAAUUUAAUGUGGCAUAACAGUAACCAGUUAUUAGCUCUGUGUGAUCUAUUUACUACAAUACUCUAACGUAUAGUUUAAUCAUCACAUUCCUGUGGUUUUGACAUGCAGCGUGGCCCAUUUGUAUAACAUUUAUAGAGCUUUAACACAAAUUUUCAGGAAAUCGCUUUAUCUUUACAGAAUGGUUGAUUUGGUUUUCUGCAUAUCUAACUUGGGGAAAAAUGGUUUAUAUUGCCUUAUUUAAAUUCAGUAAAUAAAAGAUGAGUCAAAGAGGAAGAAACAAAUAUCUUAGGAACAUCAAUAGGCAGUCUAAUCUUUUGUACUUUUUUCCAUGUAAGAUUACUGGAUACUCAGGUAUAUAUAACUCUUAUCUACAUGCAUGUAUUAUAGCUACAGACACUACAAUAGUAUCUAGAUUAAUCUACAUAUAUAAACAUCAAUUUAAUUAGCAAAUAAUUCUUGAGAUUUAUUUGCAUUUCAGGGAAUUUAGCAGUUCAGGUGAUUUAUGCUUAGAAACAAGAUCACUGUUCCUCCCACAAUCAGAGAUCUGCUCUGCAGUCAUCUUCUAUGAAAGUUUUGUAUAAGGCCCAUGCUUUUAUUCUACCAUAAAGAUGUAGUAUUGCAAUGUUAUAUCAGCACUGGGCAAAGAUGGAUAUAUAUGUAAAAUGUAAUUUUCACAACAUAUCCUUAAACAUAGUUACACAUUCAUUGGAUGGCCUGUCUCUAAUUCAAUACUUUUCCUACGGAAUAAUUGUCCUGUCAAAUAUUACACAUAUACAUGGCUUUAACAUUAGCAUUAAAAUGACCAGUGAAAAUAAUCCAUAUGAACUCUUUGUAUUCUUCUACAGUCAUAGAACUAAAAUACGUGAGGAUGAGGAAGCAGAUAACAACUUGAGAAAAUGUAAAAGAGUUGGAACUUGGAGCCACAGUGCCAGGCAAUGGGGCCACACACAGCAGCUUGAUCAUCCACGUAGCUUUAUGCGAUGCCCUUUGGGUCAUGGCUUUCACCAGGUAGCUUACUCAAAAAAAAUGUGAUUAUCUCUUAACUCCUUUAUUCACCAAAUCUUUCAUUCAAGAAGAAUUUUAAACAUCUUCUAUGUGCCAGACACAUAGAGAGUAAAUGCAAAGAGAAAUGAGAGGCAGCCACUACCCAUCAAGGAUUUUAGCAAAGCAAACUAGUAGGCGAAAUAGCCAUAUAUGUGUGUGUGUGUGUGUGUGUAAAAAAUAAUGGGCGCCGUUUAUAGAGCAGUGAUUCUCCCACUUAAGCAUGUAUCAAAAUCACCUGGAGGGCUUGUCAAAGCACAGCCUGCAUAUCCCCACCUCCAGAGGUUCUGAUUCAGUAGAUCUGGAGUGAGGCCUGAAAAUGUACAUUUCUAACAAGUUUUCAGGUGAUGCUAAUGCUACUAGUCUGAGGAACCGCACUUGGACUUUGAAAAUUUCUGAAAUCCAAGUUUGUGAACAGCAGCAGACAUUCUGAGAAUAGUUGGAUUAAAUCUGUCCGGGGAAGAAGGUGAGGACAAAGGUCAGCUUCUCACCACUAGGCCUGAAAGGCUGCAUAGUUGAAGAGUGCAAAGACAUUCCAGGUUGAAGAAAAGAAAUUACCUGAACUAAGGCCAUAUCUGACAAGUCUACCUGUUGGUAGAACUCAUCUAUAAGACUUUUUAAACUCUUGAAGGGAUGGCCUUAGUAAUCUCUAUUUGUAAUAAGUUGAUCUGGACAGUCUUUUCAUGAAGAAAAUUUAGGAACGUGGAACCAAGGCAUAGAGUAUAAAAGAAUGUAUCAUUUUCAAAGAAGUCCUGUUAUAGACUGGUUUAACUAGAACUACUGUAUACUAGAACUAGCACUCUAUACUAGAACUAGAUUCGUGUAGGACAUGAGUUAAGUUUGAAUUUCCAAUAAUCAGUGAAUUAAAUUUUUAGUACAAGUAUGUUUCAUGCAAUAUUUGGAAUCUGCAAUGCUAAAAGUACUUGUUUCUCUGAAAUUCAAAUUUAACUGGGCAUCUUGCAUUUUUACUUGCUAAAUCUCACAACCCUAAGAAUGUAGGGUAUGCGUCAGGUGGAGAAAAGAACCAGAAAUAAUGAGGCUGAAACAAUAUUAUAUUAUUAGGCCAAAUAAUAGUAAAGUACUAUUUUUCAUGUGGGACAUGCAAGUGUAGCAUGUAGCUAAUGAAGCUUAAAUUUCUGAGCCCAUUGCUUACAUAAGUCUUUUGGAGGCCCUAGGACAGUCCUUAGCAGUAUGUUCACAUCUUAUGUUUAUAUAAAAUUUUCAAAUGUAUGAUAUUUUUGCAUUCUUUUCCUUAAAAGGGGACUCCAAAAAUGUAUACACUUCAGGCUCAACAAAAUUUUGAUCUGCCCCUGCAUGUGGGACAACAUAAGUAUCAAAUACAACACAAAAAUGAUAUUGAUAAAUACCAACUCUUAAGUAAAAAGUUAAGUACAAUGAAUGCCCAGAGAAUUUGAAGAUCUUUUUGUUCCUAUAUCAUCAUGAAAUGCUACUUGAAAUUAAAAUGGCUUCAACACUGGCAAAAUGAAGCCUAUUCUUUGAAUUAUCCUCGAUGUGUGAAAUUAAUGUUCCAGUAGCAUAAAGACAGUAUUUCAUUUCCCAGAUAUAAUUGACCAUGGGACAUUAUGUUCAUGGAGCAUCUUAAAGAACUAGUGUUCCAGGGAGCAAACAUUGAUAAUGUCAUGUUAGAGAAGCCUGUCUUUGUUACUGAAGAGCAGAUGAGUAUUACAAUUCCAAAGGAAACAGUAUUAAUGGGUCUGUGUGGAAAUCAGUUCUUAUUUUCUAAACAAUAUUGUUGAUUUCUAGCUAUUCGAGUAAUUUAUAACCUAAUAGAAGAAUAGAAUACUUAAGGAAAAAUGAUUCAUCAGCAUGAAUUUCAAUUAAAAUAACACAGAACUAAUUUUUCCCUUCUGUCCCAGUCCAAUUUCAGGGAAUGAGAAGUAAGUAAAUGGAAACCAAGUUAAACUAGACCAUAAAUAGUAAAAUAUGAAGAAAAAAAUUGACAAAUGGCCGGGAACCAAAUAAAUAAACAGGUUGAUAUUUUAUUUUUCAUUCUUUUGAAAAAUGAUAUAGCAUUCUAGAAUAAUUGAAAAAUUUUGAUCUUGAAUAAAAGACUUGAGGAAGGUUAUUUCUUGGAGAACUUUAAUGAAGGGAAAAGGGGGAAAACAGCCUACAAAAAAAAUUUAGUAUGUGUUGAAAAUGGUUGUAAGUAGACCUUUGGUCCCAACAGCACAGCUACUAAACUAUGAUAUACGCCAGACCCAAGAUAUGAAAAAAAAAAGCCAUAAUGUAACAAAAGUAAUGACUGGCAAAACCAAUAAUUCAUUAAAAAUCCAUCAGGCCUCCUAAAGGCCAACUUGGUCGUACCUAUACAAUAAAGAAGUGCUGAAACUCCAAUCAGAGUUACACACAAUAAGUAAGUCAAAUAUCUCUUACCAAAUGUUCCAAUAGAUUUUCUUUUUGUAUUAAAUUCGAAUACUUAGAGUACUGGGUUAUGUUCAAUAAUAGGAAGUCACAGCUAAAAGUCGACAAAGAGAAUAAUUGAUUGGAAGAACUUUUUCGAUAACAGGAAAUAUGGACAGUUACCUAGGAACUAGGAAAAUAAAACGACCUGAUGAAUAAGCCAUAUCAUUCAUUCAUUAAUCCAUCCAACAAACAUGGAUUAAGAACCUAUAAUAUGCCAAGUGAUGUACAAAGUCCUGUGUGAGGGACAAAGCAGUUCAAAUUGCUCAGUGGAAUACUUUAAUGUCUCAUAAAAAGAAGAAAGUAACUAUUUGCUUUCACUGAAACAUUUGUUGUGAGACAUUGGCAAAACUAGAGUUAUUAUUUAUUUGGCUGCUGUUAAUCUAAUUAACCUGUUAUUAAUCUAAAAAUUGUUCAAGAUUCUUAGUUAACAUGUUUUCCAUAAUAAAUAGAAGUUGCUAUACUAAUUUUUUUGUUUGUUGGACAUAAAUGUCAAUGAGUACUAGAUGCGUUUUGGACAAAAUGGUAAGAUAGGAAGGCAAGGAUGCCUAAUGAUUGAUUAGCGUAUUAAACACAGCAGAUACAGCCUUGAGGGUAUACAUCUUUUUGUUUGAAAUUAAUACACUUAAACAAAUUAGUGAAUGUAAGUGUAAACAGGUUCCCAAACUCAUAAUUUUACCCAAAAGAAAUAAAUAAUACUAAGUAGAACAGUCAGGCAAGAAUUGAGACACAAAUAAAAUUUUUUUAAAAAAUAGUCUUAUGAAAGAACGUCAGCAGAGUGUUAAUGAGUCCUUUUCUACCCUGUUGCCACCUCUAUUUAGCACGGCAAUGACUAAGACAUAUUUAGAAGGAUGGCCUAAAGAAAAGAAAAAUCAUAACUAACUAGUUUAGGUAAAAAGAAUUCAUCCACAGAUGGAGAAAAACAAUCUUGCCCUUCUUCACACCAAGUUCCAACAUGUUUGAAAUUUAGCACUGGAGGGAUUGGGAGAUCUCAAUAAUUAGACUGCGAUUGAAAUGUUCCACUAAAAUAAUGAUUUGAGAGGCAUCCAGGGGCACUUUCUUUACUUCUUCAUUCAACCUCAGCAUGGAGCACAUCAAUUCUGUUUCUUAGUUGGACUAUACUACCUUAGAUACGGAACUGAUUUUUAAAAGUAUAUAAAAUUAUUUCAAGUCUAAAAAUCAUAAAGAAUUUAUCUCAGGAUAAAUAAUUUUUAUGAAAGUAUUUUAUCGCCAGUUCAUUUGUAACCUCAUUACCUUGCUUAAGUAGAUAAAUCCCAAGCAAUGAGUGAAAUAAACGAGUAGACUAGUGGGUUUUUAACCCGCUACCUAUGUCUCUCAAAUGUUUAUAAUUUCUGCUCCACUAAUAGCCCUGACCCUGCUAGGUAACAAUACUCUAGGAAAUUGAAGAUAUGAGUUCAGAGAAAAAAACUCAUAAAGGAAGAUGGACAUUGUGGAGAAUGGGCAGUAGUGCUAAUGUAAAGAAAGAAAGAAGGCUGCAUGGAUGGGGGAUUACAUUUUCUGCAGGACAGGAAGAAGAGAUCUACAGAUGUAUAGGUACAAGCUCUGAGUUGGGAUAAGCAAUGACGCAGAUUACUAAAUAAAAUCAGAUCAUGUGUCUUAUCCACUGAGUUCCACCUUAAUGUUUUUGUUUUUAUGGCUAUGUUCUCAAAAUACCUGAAUUUAUUUUUAGAGUCAUACAUUUCUUUGUUUUUUUUUAAAUUGACAGACAGUUUUAUAUAUUUAUUUCAUUUCUUUCUUGAUUACCUUGAGUUUAAUAUCAUGUGCUAUAUGGGAUGAAGAAAAAGUAUGAUGUGUUUUCUACCUUUAAAUUGCUUGCAAUCUAUUUAAAGAUGCUGACAGAGGAAAUAGUCACUCACAAUAAAGCACAAGAAAUGAUUGCAUGAUUCAUACUUUAGAGUUAAGAGAACCUGGGUGUAGGGAACUAUUGGCAUUAAAGGUGAAUACUUCAACAAGGAAAUGCAGCUUCAAAUAGGCCUUGAAGAAGGCAUUUUAUCUGCCUAAACAAAAGAUCCAUCUCUUCACAGACAUUAACUUGGGUGGGAGAUUCAUGAAAGAGGGGAAGCCCUACCCAGUCUGUCCCCCUGUCUCCUGCUCUGACCACUUCUCCAGCCACUGCUGCAUCAGCCAUGCACCCUCUUUGGUCUUUUGUCAUUGCUGUUCCCACCACCCUGAAUGGUCUUCUUCCCCCAGUUAGCCACAGAUCUUCCUCCUGCACUUCUUUUUGGUUUCUUCUUAAAUAUUAAAUGAGUAUGCAUUAGAGAGGCCUUUCAUGACCCUCUCAUGAAAAUAUAGUAAAUCUCCUCCCUUCUUUCACAUUUGUCAUAGGAUUUGUUUAUUGUCUGUCUGUCUGUCCCCAGCAAAUUGAAAGCUCUAAGGGGGCAGAGAUUUUUUUUCUGCUCUGUAAACUGCUAUAAGCCCAGUACCCUGAAGGGUGCCAGGCACAUGUUAGGCAUUCAAUAAAUAUUUGACAAAGGAAGGAAGGAAAGGAGGGAGGGAGGGAAGAAAUUAGUUCAGGUAGACCUCGAAAGCUUCAAGUGUUUCAGUUGCAAAUAUAUUAGAUGUAUCUCAUUAUCUAGUAAGUCAUUUUGAGGUAAACUUACUGAUACAUUUGAAAGUUGUUUGCCCGUGAAUUCUUUGCUAGGUAAUAUUAACAUCUACCCCUGCACUCCCUUAAAUAUUUAUCAGUAGCUUAAACUUUAACAAAAGCCACGGUUUCCUUUGGCAGAGCAGGGACUGUGCUCAUAUCCUAGCUUGUCAAUGGAAAGAAGAAAUACUGCUGAACAAGUAAAAGAUUAUCAUGGCAGCCACAUCCUUAAAUGGGAGCAAUUGCUAGGCUGCUGCUUCUCAGGCUUAAAGAAGUAAAAGAUACUGCCCCAAGCCAUUUUCAGCUGGAAUUGUAAGAGUAUGCACAAAAAUACACAAAGUUACCCUGACAUAAGCGUGAAUAAAAUAUAUUAUCUGAUGCUCAGGAACAUUUCCUUCUUCCCUCAAAAUGAAUAAUUUAUUGGUUUUCUACCUGCUGUUUCCAAGCUCACAUUAAUGAUUCAUUGAUUAGUCUCAAAAACAGAUGCUUAUAAUUAAAUCACAGGUUCUGUAAGAUCAUUAACUUGUUCUCUAAUGGCUGAAAGAAUUAAGGAGAAAUGGGGUAGUUUAAAUUCAUAGAUUCAAGAAGGAUUAUAGGCAGCAUAUUCUGUACAGAUGUGACAUUUGCUGUAUUGUUUUCCUUUCUGAUAGAAAUUUCUCACCUUCUAAAUUUUCAUUUAUAUGGAACUUGUUUUAGUUUUCUUAACAUCCACAGGUUUAUUAUUUAUUCCACCCACAGAAAUUCUGACUCAGAUGGCUAAUGGAGUGUAGCCUUGUUACUUGCAUUCAGAUUUCUUAUUGGUUUUUGUUUUAUGCCUUAGUCCAUCCUUAUUAGAAUCUCUCCAAAAUAAUUGAUAAUUUAUGUUGGUCAAGUAGCAUUCCAUUAUCUGUGGUAAAAAAAUGCUUUAUUAAUUAUACCACAUAGGUUUCAGCAUGUGCAAAGUCUUCUGAAAGUAUUGUAAAUGAUAGUUGUUUGGGAGAUGUGAUAACUUUUAUUUCCAUUAAUGUUUACAUUUCUGCCUCAUUCUCAGCUGAGACUGUUACUUAUAUUUUUAUCCACUUGAAUCUUGAAGUUAAGGUAAGCUGAAUAUAUCUAAUUGUCUUUCAUACACAUUAGUUUGUUCUACAGAAGAAAUUUAUUAAUGGAGUAAGGUGAAUAUGAUAAACUCAAAUCAGAUUUUCUUCUUAUGUCUGCCUCUGAAUCCAAAAUUGGGGGUGCCUGCUACAAAACCAAGUAUGUUUAUGAAAACCUUCCCUCUCCUGUAAUUGCUGGAGUAUUCAUUCAGAGCUCUCACUUGCUAUAUAAUUUCUAACCAAACACUUUCCAGGGAAUGUAUAACAAGGAAGUACAUGGACAACACUCAAAUUCAAAUGUCCAUAGAUGGUGGAAUUUUACCACUCUUUAGCUUACAAGCUCAAUCAACUGAAAGGUUUCAGAAAUGUUUGUGUUUGGGGUUUGGGUUUGAGAUGUGAAACAAAUGACAUCCUUAAACAUGUUAUCGUUAGUCUUCAAGGCACAUAUGAGUACCUUGAUAUAGAACUAUUUAUAGUUACAGUUUGCUCAAACACUAUUAUAAUGAAAUUAACUUUGGGAUGUAGAUGUUAAAGUACCAGCUUGUAAAAAGAAUGUUUAAUGGCAAUCAUUUGUAUGUUUAAUACCUGUGUGCUCAAUGUAGUGUCAUCUUUACCAGAUGAUUUACUUCACAAUGUUUUCAUUCCUGUUCCCCAAAUGAAAAUAAGUAGUCUACCAACUAAUUUACAGAACUUAGUUUUGGAUACUAUUGCAGAGACACAGGAGCACUUUUAACUCAAACACUAUGGUUUACCAUAGUUUUAUGGUGGUAUGAAAUUGAGUUAGCACUGCAAUGCAAUAUUGAAAAAAUCAGAAUGCAAUAAAGAAAUGUAGAUAUUACAUGUGACUACUAAAGAAAUGUAGAUAUUACAUGUGACUACUUCAUGUACUACCCAGACUCCUCAUUUAUUGUUUGAACACAAGGGUUAGUUUUUUAUCUUGCCAAAAGGACAUGGUCAGGAAGUCAGUGUGAUGCCAUCUUGCUGCAGUGCAGAAGUUUUAAGAAGCAAGAUAUUUUUUAAUGAUGUACUAUUACAGGAUAGAACUUAUCCCCCACAUGAAACUACAUAUUCGCAGAAACUUUGUAUUGUCCAUGUGCAUCUGUUCUUACUAGUCUGGAGGGAAAAAAAUAAGAUUUCCAGUUUUCUGCUGAUCCAACACCAUUUCCCAUAGGCAGCACAAUACACCAGCACACAGUUAGCAGCACUUUGGGACAAAACUGUUGAAAGGAAAGAAACAGUGAUUAUUCUGAAAACAUGUAAAGCAACACUGAUCAUAAGUAAUUUUUGUUAGGUGGGACAAUGCUAUAUAAUAUGAUUUCUUGUGUCUAAGUUUUCUCUAAAAGAUUAUUUGGGCUGGGUCCAGAAGGCUCAAAUUUCCCUAAGCAACCUUGAUCAUCAAUGUUGUCAUGCUUCAGCUUUUGGCAGUUUUGAUUCAUUACUAAUUAUUAAUAUUGUUAUUUAAAUAUGAAUAUUGUCCCUUCCCAUUAUGAAAAGCUAUUACACACAUAUAUGGAUUUAUAUAAAGG